CGGUUGCAAUCGUUGUAAAACGGCGCUGUGUUCGAAGUACUUCGAUUCUCCGUGUUCUAUACAUCAAACAACACUCGAACCGCAUCACUGGUCGGAGAUAGGUGUCACCAGAUGGGUUGAUCGUUCUUCAUCCGGGUAAUUUCUGCUUCUCCUUCUUAUGUCAGAAGGAAGAGCGAAACAUAUGCCACGAAAUGACGAGCGAAGAAGUGUCAAACAUCACAAAAAGUUACUCUACCCCUUUAAGUCCCCAACACGUCAUCGACAGUAAUGUGGAAGAGAAAUCGGACGUCUCUUGGGAAGAUGCUACAUGGAUUAUGACUAGUUCGUUUAUUAUAUUUACCAUGCAAUCAGGCUUCGGGUUGUUGGAAUCUGGAUGCGUGACAAAGAAAAACGAAGUUAACAUAAUGGUCAAAAAUGCUAUCGACGUAAUAUUUGGAGGUCUCAGUUAUUGGAUGUUCGGUUACGGAUUGAGUUACGGUAAAGGUCCUGGCACUAACAGUUUCUGCGGUAUAGGAUCAUUUCUGCUCGAUUCGGACGAGAAGAAUAUGGGAGAAGUGUUCGCGACUUACAUAUUCCAGUUAUCGUUUGCCACUACCGCCACGACUAUCGUCUCUGGUGCCAUGGCCGAGAGGUGUAACUUUAUGGCCUACUGUCUUUUCUCCUUCUUCAACACGGUGAUAUUCUGUCUGCCGGCGGGUUGGAUCUGGGGAAAUCAUGGAUUUCUCAAAAAUAUGUAUGUGGUGGACAUUGCCGGAUGUGCGGCUGUUCAUCUGGUAGGAGGUUCUUCCGCUUUGGUAGCAUCAAUCAUGCUGAAACCUAGAACAGGACGUUACGAUCAAGGUAACGAACCACCACCAAUGGGUUCGCCUACUAACGCUCUGGUGGGAAUGUUUAUGCUUUGGUGGGGAUGGCUCGGUUUUAAUUGCGGAAGUACUUUUGGUGUUACGGGACAUAAAUGGAAAUAUGCUGCCAGAUCAGCAGUGGUCACAAUUAAUUCAUCAGUGGGAGGUGGAAUCGCAGCAUUAAUCUUCAGUUACAUUGCUCACAAGAGAAAGUUCCUCGUUCUGGAUUUAAUAAAUGGAAUUUUAGCUUCUCUGGUAUCGAUUACAGCCGGUUGCGCUCUGUAUCAUCCUUGGGAAUCUAUAGUCAUAGGAACGAUAGGUUCUAUCCUUGCGAGUCUGACGAUGCCUCUCUUAGAUAAAUUACACAUCGACGAUCCAGUUGGUGCCAUUUCUGUACAUGCCGUCGGUUCCGUAUGGGGUAUGAUUUCCGUGGGUUUUUUCGUCGAAGCGGACGGAAUGUUGAAUCUCACUAAAAAUUAUCAAGGUCUGUUCAGAGGAGGAGGAUGGCAUCUGUUAGGAAUCCAAACUUUGGCCGUUGUAUCUGUCACUGCAUGGAGUAUGAGCUCCACAUUUUUAUUGCUUUACUGUAUUAACAAAGCAAUACCAAUAAGAAUGACAAUAGAGGAUGAAAAAGCUGGAGCAGAUCUAGUAGAACACAAUAUACGUUCAGAAUGGAACACUAUUUUGCAAGAAGAACCUUUGAAAUUGGAUCUAACAACAACAAAUGGUUUAAGAACAGCUCUAGAAUCGAUACGAUUGACGUCAUUUCCGAUGUUAACAUCGUCCACCCAGACCGACCAAUCGGAAUCUAAAUUUCCUAAAGAUACGGAGAGCGAUAAACACAACGUUAACGAGCCGAACUGAAUUAAUUAAAAACAAUAUAUUGGAUUUAAUCAAGCUUUUAUUCAGUCGAGAUAAGGAAAAUAUAAUCAGAAUAUUCCUGAAUUAAUUACGGACCGAAAGAAAAAUUAUAUAUAUACACAGAUCAUAUAUACGUUGUAUAUGACGGUUUUAUUGGAAGGAUAAAGUUUUAAAUAAUAAUAAAAAAUACUGUAAAUAUUUUUAAAAAAAUUUAUUUUAUUAUAAAAUUUAUGUGCAUAACAUAAAAUAUACUGUAAAACUGAAGUUAAUAUUUUUUUGUUAAUUUUUUCAAUUAGUUAUAUUGUAAAAGUAUGCCGUUUCCGGUAGAAAAAUCUCUUCUGGUAAUGGGUCAUUAAUAAAGUAUUAUAAAAGAUAAUGUCUUAUUAUUCUGUAUAAAAAUUUAUGUACUGUAUUUAAAAUAGAAUAAAAACAAUUAAAUUCCAAAUUUUCUAUUGGAAAUUAUGAAGAAAACGAUAAACAAUAAUUGUAUAGCGUUUCGAAGUACAGUGUAAGCUACUCGGAAACAAGAAAAAUUGAUUGUUUUUAAUCAAGGAAAUGUAUAUUUAUUAUCAAAUUAUAUUUAAAUUUUUUUUAAUUGAAUAAAAUAUUUUAUAAGCUUUCUGUAUAAAUUGUAGAAUAGAAAUAAUUUUAGGGAUAUUAACUACACGUGUAGGUCCUAAAGCAACACAUGAUAAGCUUUCUUAGUGUUCACAAAGCAAAAAGAGAGAAAAAAAAUAAUAAUAAAUAAGAAGCAAAUGUCAAAAUGAUUCAAAUAAGUUUAUUUUUUUGUUAUAUAGUGAUAUUAUAUCGUAUAAUAAUGAUUGAUUAGGAUGGCACUAUUAAUGUUAUAUAAUAAAAUGUAUAAUAUUGAUAUAUAAUGUAAAAAUUUUAAACUGUGUAUCAAAAUUUUUAAUAAAGUUAAUAUUAUAAUUCUAUAAUAAGGUAAUUAAGAUAUUAUAUAUGAAUAUUAAGAACCAAUAAAUAAGAAUUUUUUUUCUGUAUGUGAAAAAAUAAAAUAUUUUGAUCAGCUUUAACUGGUUAUCAGCUUUCACACAAUACAAAUUGGUUCUCGUCUUCAUCACAACUAAAGGAAUCAUCGUCUCCGUCGUCGUAUUGCGAAUUACAAUCGCAGCAUCCAAAACAAUCCUCGGAAAAUAAGAGAGAAAUUUAGCAAUAAAAUGUUUAUUGGUAAUUUCACAAGUGAAGAAUCAUCCCAAUCCUCGUUAUCAGAAAGAUAAAAUUGUUCCUUGCGCAUUUUAUCAGUGCUUCUAUCACAUUCUUGACAAAGAUUUAACUUAUGUUAAUUAUUAUUAAUUUUGGACAUUUUCGUUUCACUAUAAAAUAUAUUCUACUCCAAAUCAGUUCAAGAUAUGGUAAUUUAUCUCGAAAUUAACUUGGAUAAUAUAGCCCCCGAAAUCAGCCUGGAAGUAGGCUGAUUUCGGGGGGCUAUAUCUCGCGAAUGGCCAAAUUUAGAGGUGUGGUUCUUUUGAUUUUUUGCUGUUAUGGGCAUACUCUACAGCUUUUUUAAGGUUGCAAUUCACAUCUGCAAUCUUACCUUUUCAUUUUGUGCUCUUAAUUAAGCUCCAGAACCUGAUAAUUGACUAAUGACAAAGAUGGGUAAUUCUAUUUUUUUAUGAAAAUAUUUUUGUUCAGUACAGCAUAUUGUGUAGUUUGUCAAAAUAUCACUUACGUGUACAUCUGAAGCAAAAUAUCCUUAAGAAAUAAAACAAAAAUCUCGAAAUUGUAUUCCUGAUUCUUCAAAAAUCACCCAUUCUCACAACAAAGAAAGCGAAAAGAAUAGAAAAAAUGUAUUGUUGCUCACAUUCUUACGUUUUCUCCUGAAGAUGAAGCUAAUUUAUAAUAAUAAAAAAUAUUAGAAGUUUUUAAUAUCCGGUACAUAUUUAUUUAUUCCCGUUUUAUCGAUCCUUAUUACGAAUUAGUCUAUUACUAUAAAUUAAUUUCCUUACGUUAUAGAAAAGCAAUAUCUAAUAAACUGUACAUUCGGUAUAAUGGUUAAUUGCAGAGAUUCUAUAAUAAAUGGCUUGAUUUCGGGUGUAGUUUGUAAUUAUUUUUGAUUUCGUAAUGUGCCCGUAAAGAACUUUUUUAUAGCAAUACAAUGUCCUACACGAGCCUGGCUCCGUCAGUAUAGCGGCUAAACUAUCGAAGAAUAUCUUUAAAAAUAAUAAUUAAACACACUACAUAAUUAAAGAAAUAAGUUAUACAAUCCUUUAUAUUGUCUUGAAAUAGCUUCCCAGUUUAUCAAUCGAAUGAGAGCCAUUUUAUCGUAACGUUUGUUUUCAUUUUGUUACGUCCUAAUGAA